GUACUGAGUGGUUCUUGAAAUUAAUGUAUUUUUUUUGGCUACUUCUCAGAGAAAUCUGAUCCGAGAGGCAACUGCUUUUCUCCUUGAUGUUUUAAAACCAAACCUACCAGAGCAUGGGUUCCUUCAGACAAAGGUGUUGGAGAUAAAUCUGGUGACUUUCCCUAAUGUUGCUGAUGCAAUAUUGGCUAAUGGCAUGUUCAGCCAUUAUGACCGUCCUCGUAUUGCUCAACUUUGUGAAAAAGCUGGCCUUUACGUGCGAGCUUUGCAACAUUACACAGAGUUGCCAGAUAUAAAACGUGUGAUUGUUAAUACGCAUGCAAUUGAACCUCAGUCACUUGUAGAGUUUUUUGGUACACUGUCACGAGAAUGGGCAUUAGAGUGCAUGAAGGACCUACUGCUGGCAAAUCUUAGGGGGAACCUUCAGAUCAUUGUGCAGGUUGCUAAAGAAUAUUGUGAGCAAUUGGGGGUUGAGGCCUGCAUAAAAAUUUUUGAGCAGUUUAGGUCGUAUGAGGGAUUGUAUUUUUUCCUUGGAUCUUACUUGAGCUCCAGCGAGGAUCCUGACAUUCACUUUAAGUACAUUGAGGCAGCUGCAAAGACAGGUCAAAUCAAGGAGGUUGAGCGUGUGACAAGAGAAUCAAAUUUCUAUGAUGCUGAGAAAACUAAAAACUUUCUUAUGGAGGCUAAGCUUCCAGAUGCUCGGCCUUUGAUAAAUGUUUGCGAUCGUUUUGGAUUUGUUCCAGAUCUAACUCACUAUCUGUACACAAGCAACAUGCUUCGCUACAUUGAAGGCUAUGUUCAAAAGGUAAACCCAGGGAAUGCUCCUUUAGUUGUGGGGCAGCUGCUGGAUGAUGAAUGCCCAGAAGAUUUUAUCAAGGGCUUGAUUCUUUCUGUUCGUUCGUUACUACCAGUGGAGCCCCUUGUGGAGGAAUGUGAGAAGAGGAAUCGGCUUCGUUUUCUCACACAAUUCUUGGAACAUCUUGUAAGUGAGGGAAGCCAGGAUGUACAUGUUCACAAUGCACUGGGUAAAAUUAUCAUUGAUAGCAACAACAACCCAGAACAUUUCCUCACGACCAACCCAUACUAUGAUUCUAGAGUUGUGGGCAAGUACUGUGAGAAACGUGAUCCCACCUUAGCUGUUGUAGCUUAUCGGCGAGGACAAUGUGAUGAUGAACUUAUCUAUGUCACUAAUAAAAAUUCUUUGUUCAAACUGCAAGCAAGAUAUGUUGUUGAGAGAAUGGAUGGUGAUCUGUGGGCCAAAGUUCUUGAUCCUGAUAAUGACUAUAGAAGGCAACUUAUUGAUCAAGUUGUAUCCACUGCUUUGCCAGAAAGCUCAAGCCCUGAGCAAGUUUCUGCAGCUGUUAAGGCUUUCAUGACAGCUGAUCUGCCUCAUGAACUGAUUGAACUUCUUGAGAAGAUCGUCCUUCAGAAUUCUGCAUUCAGUGGGAACUUUAAUUUGCAGAAUCUUCUUAUUUUGACAGCGAUAAAGGCCGAUCCGUCCAGAGUUAUGGAUUAUGUCAAUAGGUUGGAUAACUUUGAUGGACCUGCAGUUGGAGAAAUGGCUGUAGAAGCUCAGUUAUAUGAGGAAGCAUUUGCCAUUUUUAAGAAGUUCAACUUGAAUGUUCAAGCAGUCAAUGUGUUACUUGAUAAUAUUCAUAGCAUUGAUAGAGCUGUGGAGUUUGCUUUCAGAGUCGAAGAAGAUGCUGUUUGGAGUCAGGUGGCCAAGGCUCAACUCAGGGAUGGGCUAGUAAGUGAUGCGAUUGAAUCAUUUAUACGAGCAGAUGAUUCUACACAAUUUUUAGAUGUUAUCCGUGCUGCUGAAGAUGCCAAUGUUUACCAUGACUUGGUGAAAUACUUGCUGAUGGUAAGGCAGAAAGCAAAGGAACCCAAGGUUGACAGUGAGCUCAUUUAUGCAUAUGCAAAGAUUGAUAGGCUAAGUGACAUUGAGGAGUUCAUUCUUAUGCCAAAUGUUGCCAAUCUUCAAACUGUUGGUGACCGGUUGUAUGAUGAAGCAUUAUAUGAGGCUGCAAAAAUCAUAUUUGCUUUUAUAUCUAACUGGGCCAAGUUGGCCAUCACACUGGUCAAAUUAAACCAGUUUCAAGGUGCUGUUGAUGCAGCAAGGAAAGCUAACAGCUCAAAGACAUGGAAGGAAGUUUGCUUUGCUUGUGUUGAUGCAGAGGAGUUUCGUUUGGCCCAGAUUUGUGGACUGAACAUAAUUAUUCAGGUGGAUGACUUGGAAGAAGUCAGUGAGUAUUACCAAAAUAGAGGUUGCUUCAAUGAGCUAAUAUCUCUCAUGGAGAGUGGUUUAGGGUUAGAAAGAGCUCAUAUGGGCAUCUUUACUGAGCUUGGAGUUCUAUAUGCUAGAUACCGCCCUGAGAAGCUUAUGGAGCAUAUCAAACUAUUCUCAACCAGGCUCAAUAUUCCCAAACUCAUACGAGCUUGCGAUGAACAACAGCACUGGAAAGAAUUGACCUAUUUGUAUAUACAAUAUGAUGAGUUUGAUAAUGCUGCAACUACCAUCAUGAACCAUUCACCUGAAGCAUGGGAUCACAUGCAAUUCAAAGAUGUUGUUGUUAAAGUUGCUAAUGUGGAAUUGUAUUAUAAGGCUGUCCACUUCUACUUGGAAGAGCAUCCAGAUCUUAUAAAUGAUGUUCUGAAUGUCCUUGCACUUCGUGUGGAUCAUGCUCGUGUUGUUGACAUCUUGCGGAAGGCUGGUCACCUUCGCCUUGUGAAACCAUAUAUGUUUGCGGUUCAAAGCAACAAUGUAUCUGCUGUUAAUGAAGCAUUGAAUGAGAUAUAUGUUGAGGAGGAGGAUUAUGAUAGACUGCGCGAGUCUAUUGAUCUGUAUGAUAACUUUGAUCAAAUAGGCCUUGCCCAAAGGAUUGAAAAGCAUGAGCUUCUUGAGAUGAGACGAGUUGCUGCUUAUAUUUACAAGAAGGCAGGUAGGUGGAAGCAGUCUAUUGCUUUGUCAAAGAAGGAUAACCUAUACAAAGACGCCAUGGAGACAGCUUCACAAUCUGGAGAACGUGAACUUGCUGAGGAGUUGCUUGUUUAUUUCAUCGAUCAGGGAAAGAAGGAAUGUUUUGCCUCAUGUCUAUUUGUUUGCUAUGAUUUGAUCCGGGCAGACAUUGUUCUUGAACUAGCUUGGAUGCACAAUAUGGUGGACUUUGCCUUCCCCUAUCUAUUGCAGUUUAUUCGUGAGUACACUGGCAAAGUCGAUGAGCUAGUGAAGGACAAAAUUGAAGCACAAAACGAAGUGAAGGCUAAGGAGCAUGAAGAAAAGGAGGUAGUUGCACAGCAGAACAUGUAUGCUCAAUUAUUGCCCCUUGCUUUGCCUGCACCACCAAUGCCUGGAAUGGGAGGCCCAGUAGGAAUGGGAGGAGGCUUUGCUCCUCCCCCUCCAAUGGGUGGACUUGGGAUGCCCCCAAUGCCUCCAUACGGCAUGCCACCCAUGGGCAGUAGCUACUGACAUUUACGCUGGCAAAGUAUAGCGUGAACUCCUCUAUGAAGAGCAGUGUAUCGAAACUUCAAAGUUUUGCGUAGAAUAUCUUGUGUGAUUUGGAUGUAGCAUUCUUUCUUUGCUUCUGGUGGUGCUGGGAGAUUCCAAGUUAAAAUAAUUGAAGUUUCUGUCUAGAUUGUGUAGGUCUUGUAAGUUUCUUGUUUUCUCUGGGUUGUAGUUGAGGCAUUUUUUGAGCUGUGCUGGUUCUAAUUAACCAUAAAUUUCUGUAUUCUACCAUUUUUCUUGUAUUAAAUGAGUUAGUCUUAGUUAUAGACCAAACAAAAACUGAAUUACUCCUAGUAUAUACGAAAUUCACGACCUUAACAACCAGCUUGAUCUU